AUGGACACGUCAUUGUUGGCGAGGUCUAAUUCAGAUGUCGAAGAGCUGCCAAUCGUCGACGACCCCCAUGAACAAUGCCUGGAUGUCACUAACAACAAAAUCAUUACUAUUGCCAAGGAGAUUGAUGAGGAUGAAGAAAAAACCGACGACAUUGUAGCUGGGCGGAUUAAAUGGUACAUAGACACUGCGAACUUCACCCGAAGCGUUGUCGGCGCCACUCUGAAGAAUUUGAAGAAAACGACAUCGUUUCUGAACAAAUGUGGCGUCCGACUACUCAACGAGGAUGGGGUUGAAUUCUUCGUUUGUUUACUGGACCCCUACUUUCAUCCCAAGAAACCUGUCGUAAUCAAGUGCACCAAGACAACUUGCUCAAACGCGACUGCCUAUCUUGAUAAGAAGCACAAGAUCACAUCAAACAAGACAUUGGCGGCCAAGAGGAAAGUAACACUACUUCAAAAGCAACUAAGCAUGUCCGACCCUGCGUUCAAGAGAGAUCCGACGCGUUGGUUUCACGUUCAGCUUGAUGCUUGGUCCGCAGAGCAGUUAUUGUCGUACAACACGUUCGAUAACCAAAGGUGGCGAUUGAUUGCUUGUCAGUUGCCUGUAGGCCCGGGGAGCUUGAAAUCAGUGAAUAUUCGCAAGAGUCACGUCGAGCACUACGUCACCUGCAAGAACAUCAUUGUGAAAUCGAUUGCUGAAGCUUGCAAGUCCUUCUCGAUUCCCUUCAUGGCUAUCUUCCUCGACAUCAUCAAAAGCAAGACGAGCAACCAAAAGUACCUCGCGAUGCGUAUCUGCUUCAACUCACCAACAUGCUUCAACGUUGGCUACAAUCUUGCAGUCCGUUGUUUCGCACCGUCGACAAAGGAGCGCAUUUCAGAUCAGCUUUCGCACGUGCUAAAAGAAUGGGCAAGUGUCGUCUUAGAGGAAUUCGACAUCAAUCCGUCAAAAUACUUUUUAGCCAGCACGUCUGAUUCGGGAUCCGACGUCAAGCGUACUCUAUCCACGCUGCUAAGCAUGUGCAAAGAGCAAGAAUGUCGACGUCAGGGCGUUUAUCACAAGAUCAAAAAGAUCAUUGAGGCCGUCAACAAGUCAGAAUAUCUGCAAUCGGCACUGGAGGAGGCGUGUUUGCAGCUGUUUGAGCAGUAUCUAAAGCUUCUCAACGCGCCACAACAUCGAUGGUCCUCUACGGCAUUAGUACUUGAGCGCAUGCUGAUUUGCUGGGACGCCAUUCUCCAAGCAUACCGUGAAGUCAACCGACAUGUUCCUCUAUCAGAUAAUGACCGAACCGUUUGCAUUGAGUUUUACUCCUUGAUUCACCCAGUACGACAAAUUCAUUACAAGGUCCAAGCGAUGCAGACCUUUGUGGCUGUCAUGUAG